UCUUGCCUGUGGCAGAGCUGGUGGCUGCAGGAGAAGUGACUUCUGCUGCUCAUCUGCUGUUUCCACGGUAACCCACCUCACCAUGAAUUGUCCCUGUGGCCUUGUCACCCUGAAGCAGGAACCAGUACCACUGAAGAGCAUCGCCGUGAGCGUGUCUAUCCUGGAGUUUGUGGCUGACGUGUCUGCCACGCUGAACUAUGAGAAUGAAGAGGCGGUUCCAGUGGAGGCCUUCUUCGUGUUCCCCAUGGAUGAGGACUCCGCCGUCUACUCCUUCGAGGCCCUGGUGAACGGAAGGACAAUCGUGGCGGAGCUGCGUGACAAGGAGAAGGCCCACAGCGAGUACGAGGAUGCCCUGAGCCAGGGCCACCAGGCCUUCCUUCUGGAGGAGGACACGCUUUCAGGGGAUAUUUUCUGCUGCAGCGUGGGCAACCUGCCCCCAGGCUCGCGUGCGGCCCUCACGCUCAAGUAUGUGCGGGAGCUAGCGGUGGAGGCCGACGGGGCCAUGCGCUAUGUGCUUCCCGCUGUCCUGAACCCACGCUACCAGCUGUCAGGCUCGCUGGACAACAGCCUUCUCAGCAUGCAGUGCCCCAAAGACCCCGAGAGGUCUCUGCCCUAUACACUCAGCCUGGCUGCCUCCGUCCGCUCCCAGCACACCAUUGACAAGAUCCAGUCGAACUGCUCUUUAAAUGCCACCAAGUACCUUGGGAAUGAUAGAACUUCUGCUGAGGUUUCCCUGGCUGAUGGUCACAAGUUUGACCGAGAUGUGGAACUACUGAUCUACUACCAGGAAGUGCAUACCCCCAAUGUGACCUUGGAAAUGGGAGAACCCAACGCCAAACCUGAUUCUCUGAUGGGAGCUCCAUCUGCAAUGAUGAGUUUCUACCCAGAUAUCCCAAAGACUCAGCCCUCAAAAGCCUGUGGAGAAUUUGUCUUCCUCAUGGACCGUUCAGGGAGCAUGGAUUGCCCUAUGAAUAAGGAUUCACCUCAGUCACGCAUUGAGGCAGCCAAGGAAACACUGAUCUUGCUGCUGAAGAGUUUGCCCUUGGGGUGUUACUUCAAUAUCCAUGGAUUUGGAUCUUCCUAUGAAACAUUCUUUAAUAAGAGUGUGGAGUACACGCAGAAGACCAUGGAGGAAGCACUGAAUAGAGUGAAGCUUUUGAAAGCCAACCUGGGGGGCACGGAGAUCCUGAACCCACUCCAGAUUAUUUACCAAGCGCCUUCCAUCCCAGACCACCCUCUCCAGCUCUUUGUCUUCACAGAUGGAGAAGUUACUGACACAUCCAGGGUCAUUGAGGAAGUCAGAAAAAACAGCCCAAAGCACAGGUGUUUCUCAUUUGGCAUUGGUGAAGGUGCCUCCACCAGCCUCAUAAAAGGCAUCGCCCGGGCGUCUGGGGGCGCUGCAGAGUUUAUCACGGGCAAAGACAGGAUGCAGUCCAAGGCCCUGAGGUCCCUGAAACGUGCUCUGCAGCCCACUGUCGAGGGGGUCUCUCUGAGCUGGGAUCUGCCCUCUGGACUGUCUGCUCAGUUGCUUUCUCCACCAGAGACUUCCGUCUUUCAGGGCCAGCGGUUAAUCAUCUAUGCCCAGUUGUUGGGGACCAUGCCGUCAGUGGAGGUAACGGGCAAGGUUUGCUUCAAGUACACAUUCCAAGGCAAGAGUGUGGAGAAUAAGGUGACGUUUCCUCUACAAAGCCAGUUGGACCCCAACUUCACUGUCCACCGCCUGGCUGCCAAGGCCUUCAUCCAGGCCAAGGACAUGGGCCGCUGGGGAACGGACGAGGCAGAUGUGAAAACCAUCGUCCAAGCCAGCCUGGAGUGUGGAGUCAUGAGCUCCCACACUGCUUUCAUCGCCAUCGACAAGGCCCUCAACCAGCCAGUUCAGGGGCCUCUGGCUCAAAGGAACAUCCCGACGUCAGUGCUCUUUCUGUGCCCCACCCCACUAUCAUACUCACCUGGACCAAAGCGCUGUUUAUCCGUGUGUAAAAGGACUAGCUGUUUAUCCAUGAAGAGACCCCGCAUGCAAGCCUCUGCGAGAUUGUCGGAAGAGGAAUAUGUUAUGCCUCGUCUAGGAAGAAAUCAGUCGAAAGACGAGUCAGAAGCACAAGAACUGGAAGAUGCACAAGUACCUGAGACUGAUCAGCUCCUGAAGCUGGUCAUCCUCCAGAGGGCCAAUGGCUCCUGGGAGCUAGAUGACCAGCUGGCCACUAUUCUUGGGGUGAGUCUUCCGGACAUGAUGGCGGCACUGACUGUCAAGGAUGUGGAGCCUUCCUGCUGGGCCACAGUUCUGGCAGUGACCUGGCUGCACACCAACGGUCAGGGGCGGAAGUGUGAGUGGGAGCUUCUGGAAAGGAAGGCGGUGGCCUGGAUUCACAACCACACAGGCUCUGUCCUGCAAACACUUGUGGAAGCUGCCGCUGCUUUCCUGAAGUCUUCGGUGGAUGUGGCCGUCUUUGCGCUCUGAACGCACUGGCCAGGGCCCCGUCCACUUCAGUGUGUCUUCAUGCCUGACAGCUACCUAGUCUGUCUCUUGUCGUCAGUGUAAAAAGUGCUGCCCCAUA